AUAGAUCUUGUUGAUCAAUCUGAUGAAGAUCAUGAAAUAGGACGAGCGUGCUGGGCAAGCGAUGUCUCUGUUGAUGACUACGUGGUAGUCGGUGGUUCAACCGGGAUAGGUGCAUAUGUCGUGUGGAAUUGUACUAUCGAGACAUUCAAGGGUGGCAGCAUCACUCUUCGGAAAAGAUACUCCGAGUUCGAUACACUUCGGCAACAUCUUGUGAGAGCGUUCCCACUUUCCGAGGCCUCUAUCCCAGAGCUGCCCAGGAAGAGUCUUGUCUCACGAUUUCGCACCAAGUUCCUCGAGCAGAGGAAAGCAGGUCUUGCUCACUUUCUC